GGCCGUGGGACCCCCCCCGGUGUUGGGGCAGGACGGGACGAGAUGCCGCCGGCCUGGCUGUGGCCGCUGUGGCCCCUCCUGGCUCUGACCUCUGGGGGGUCCCCCCAGGCCCCCCAGCCCCGUUUUGGGGACCCCCCCCAGCCCCACAGCCACGAUUCCGAGGGGCUUUUUUGGGAUCACGCCGCCAUUUGGGGGGCGCAGGAGGCGCAGGAACAGCGGGAGCUGCCCCCCGAAGAAUCCCGGAGACGGCUGGGGCUCCUGGUGGAUCUGAUGGACUCGGACAGCUCCGGGGGGGUCUCUGGGGAGGAGCUGCGGGCCUGGAUCCUUCGGAGGCACCGCGGAUCCCGGGAGGAAUCGCUGAGGAUCGAGAGAUCCCGGCUGGAUCUGGACGGCGACGGCGCCGUGGGAUGGGACGAGCUGCACCGGGAGAGCUUCGGAGACGGAGAGGAUUUUGGCGGCUCCCACCGGCGCCUCCUGCUCCGUUCCCGGCUCCGUUUCCAGGCGGCCGACGCCGACGGCGACCGGCGCCUCCGCGGGGAGGAGCUCGAGGCUUUCCUGCAUCCCGAGGAUUUCCCGCACCUCCUGCACCUCGUGGCUCAGGAGACGAUCGAGGAGCUGGAUCAGAACGGGGACGGAUUGAUCCAGGUGGACGAGUACAUGGUUUGCAGCUUCGUUGUUCACAAACGCUGCCACGAAUUCGUCACCUUCGAAUGUCCCGGGGCCGGGAAGGGACCCCAGACCGACGACCCCCGGAACAAGCACAAGUUCAAGGUUCACAGCUACAGCAGCCCCACGUUCUGCGACCACUGCGGCUCCCUGCUCUACGGCCUCGUGCACCAGGGCAUGAAAUGCUCCU